AUGGCCGAUAAAGAAGCUACUUCUAAUCAGGAUACCUCUUCAACCGCCGGCACUCCCGAUAAGCCCAAGCGAACUCCCCCCAAGCUAGGCAAGAAGACUCCUGCCAAACAAGAACAGACGCCUCCCCCUUCGGAACAAGGCCAACCCGAGCAAGACCAGGACGACUCUGCCAAGCCUGAGACAGAAGACCAAGAGCCCUCUGAGGAUCAGGAACAAGAGCCGGAGCAGGAUCAGGACCAGGAUCCAGAAGCAAAAGAGGAAGAAGACGGACAAGAAUCAGAGCCGCCCAAGCAAGAAGCCGACUCGGACCACGAGCCAUCCAAAGAAGACGACAAAGAAGCUGAGCCCGAGCCCGAGCCUCAGCCCGAACCCAAGUCGCAACCCGAACGCCGCAGUCGCAAGUCUCGGACCCAACGUGCCCAAGAGUCAGACGUGGAAACAAUUCCUCGAAACAACAUGGACGGUCAACCUGAGAAGCGUCGCCAGCGCACCCGCCGCACCCGUCAAUCCCAGCAGCAGCAGGGUGGUCAAGACGGUGGUCCUCUCGGAGGCCUGGGCGGAGUCGACCAGGCGGGCCAGUUGGUGCAAAACACCGCCGGCAAUGCGCUGAAUGGAGUCACUGGCUCGGCCGGCAAGGCCGUCGGUGGCCUACUCGGUGGUGGCCAAAAGGAAGGCAAGGAUGACGGCGGCAAGGACGAACAGCUGCGACUGCGACUGGAUCUGAACCUCGACAUUGAAAUUCAGUUGAAGGCGAAGAUCCACGGUGAUCUCACCCUGGGCUUGUUGAAUUAA